AGCCAGUUUGCUGAGACUUGUUGCUGCUCUUUCCUGUGGGCCCGCGCGCCACCCAGGGGUAUGGAGACGACAGUCAUACAGCGGCUGCUGGGAGGCAAGCUCGCCAUGGACUUGCAAGAGUUUGAGCAAGUCAAGCGAACCAUCAGCUCCGGCAGCAACCUCGGCCGUGUGGACAAGGAUGUCUACUACUGGGAGCCCAAGUCCCUCCGAAUCAGGACCAUCAACUGGUCGUAUGUCUUCCUGGCAGAGUACUUGCCCAUGGCGUAUGGCCUCGCCAUCGCUACUGUCAGCUGCCUCAUGGUCUCCCAGCUGUACAUGUGGCGCUUGGAAGACUUCCGGCGUGCCUGGCAUUUGUUGCAGGAGCCGCUGGUGAUGCAAGUCAUCGGGGCUGCCGCCCUGAUCUUGGCCUACAUGAGCCAGCACAAGCCUUCUGUGUAUUGUUUGGAGAACUUAGUGUACAAGCCGCCACAAGAUUGGGAGGUGUCGCAGAAGCAGAUCGUGAAAAUGCUGGAGGCGCAGCAUUGUUUUAACGAAGCCUCCAUUGACUUCCAGCAGCGGAUCCUGGAUAAUUCGGGCACUGGCCCGUCCACGCAUUGGCCGCCAGGCAUUCUCGGCUCCAGAGAUGGCAACACCGAGGCUGUGUGCAAUAUGGCGGCUGCGCGGAACGAGGCGCAGGAGGUGAUGUUUUCGCUGGUGCGAGACCUGCUGAAGCGCAGCAAGGUGAAGCCUCAGCAGAUUGAUUUCCUCAUUGUGAAUUGCUCCCUGUUUUGCCCCACACCCUCGCUCUGCGCGAUGGUGUGCAACGAGUUCGGGCUGCGCCAGGAUGUGCGAUCCUACAACUUGGGGGGCAUGGGCUGCUCCGCAAACGUGAUCUCAGUAGAUCUUGCCAAGCAGCUGCUGGAGAACCGCCCGGGAUCACGGGCUCUGGUGAUAUCCAUGGAGAACAUCACACAAAACCUGUACAAGGGCAACGACAAGUCGAUGCUGCUGCAGAAUACGCUUUUUCGCUGCGGUGGCUGUGCGCUGCUUCUCUCCAGCCGGGUUCUGGACUCUAUGAAGGCCAAGUACAAGCUUUUGUACACCUUCCGCUCACAGCUGUCGGAUGACAAUUCCUACAACUGCGUGUACCAGAAGCAGGAUAGCGAGGGCAACAGUGGCGUGGCCCUGUCCAAGGACCCGCUUGAACCUCGUGUCGCGCUGCUUGUGAAGCUGUGGCAUGCGUUCCCAGUCCUUGGCAGUUUUCCGGGGGUAUCAAAACAAAGCGGAGUGCACAGCCUGCACGUAGGAAUUUUGGACAUGGUCGUGCCGAGACAUGCCCUUGGGAUCAGACUUAUAUCCCAGUGUGGAAUCGGAACUGAUUUUCCUAAUGCAGAGAUGUUGGGUACAUUCUUUUCUGUGUUACUUCAUCGCUUUUCCUCCGCAGAGAGAGGGAGAGAGAGAGAGAGAGAGGGAGGAGUGAGUGAGACAGAUGUCAAACUACAUGCUUCACUUCCUGCAUUUGUGUUUCAUGUACUGCAGGCCUUGAGCUCACUACAUCGCAUGUGUAAAAGGUGGAUUGCUGCAGACUACAAUCGGUUGACUAUUUGUUUGAACACUACAGCACUUGCACUUGAAAGCAAAGUAACCACCGAUUUUAACGUGGUAGCGGAGCUGAGAUCCUAA